UGGUAUGAUUUCUUGUUAUCCAAAAUCGAAAUGGAGGCGGGCAAAUUAUUUUAAAAUUUUAUUAAAAACCAUGUUAUACAAUGUAUUUACCUACCUGCGUUAUUUAAAUAAUGAAUUAAUGUUGGUAAAGGUUUUAUGAUGCAAAAAUUGCAGCUGACAUUAGCAAUAAUAAAACCGCAUGCGGUUAAAAAUCCAGUUGCCCUAUCCUAUAUUCGAAAUGUUAUGAAAAAUAAGUUUGUCGUCAUAAAAACAAAAAGGGUUUCUUUGGACAAAGAAGUUGCGGGCAAUUUCUAUAAAGAACAUGUGGGGAAAUUCUUUUACAACCGUCUUGUUACUUUUAUGGCGAGUGGCUGUAUAGACUUGCAUAUAAUAGGUCACAGUAAUGCAAUAGAGCUGUGGCGACGAAUGCUGGGCCCUACAAGUGUGUACAAGGCGCAAUUCCAGGAGCCAUACUGCUUGAGAAGUUUGUUUGGAAUAUCGGACACCAGAAACGUUGCUCAUGGGUCAGACUCCACUACAUCAGCCGAGCGAGAAAUAAAGUUCUUCUUUCCAGAGUUCUCUUUCUACAACUGGCACCAUAAUGAUGAGGUGCUCUAUAGAAAAGGACCAAUCAUCUUCAAUGACUUCCUCUUUCAACAUGUUCGAAAGUUAUAAACCGGCAUGUUUUGUAUAAUUUGUACAUAAUACAGAAUGUCUAGAGAUAACUAAGCUAUCAGAGAAUGUGAUGAUAAUGAGACAAUACGGGCACCAUUAUGGUAAUGUGCUUCUCUCCUGAUUAUUCUCAUUUCUGCAAUGUACUAGCUCCAUUAAUUAAUUUUAAUAAUAUAUAAGAAAAGCUGAUAUCCAGAGCUCAUUUUAUUAGAGCAUGGAAGAAUUAUGAUGACCGACCAUGACAACAUCUAUUGUUAAUGUACCCUUUAUUUGCAUAAUAUGAGAUUCUUAAAAUAUUUUAGAUGCCAAUAAGAGUAGAAGUAAAUACAAUGUAGUACCAUUAAUUAUUAUAGUAAGACAAAUGAUAUAGACCAUCAACCAAGUUUUCCCAUGGCAAAGUGUCCGUGACUCCAUGGACCUAAUAUUUUAAGAAUAUCACAUUAUGCAAAUAAAGGACAAAACCAUAGUCAAGCAACAUUGUUAUAAUCAGAGUUCUUGUAAUGAUUUCACAACUAAAUGUAAUCAGUUCACAGUAUCUUUAUUAAUGUUAGGCACAUUGAAGCCAAAGAAAUAUUUAUAAUAUUAUUUUACUGUUAUAUAUUUUUUGUUAUACCUAUAAUUUUUUUAAAUGAAGUUUUGUGUAAUAAUUAUUUUGGCUACAAAAUGAUAAAAUGUGGCUAAUUUAACUGGAUUCUCCCUGCAGCUGCUUGUUCCAUCAAGACUUUCCCCUUCUCCAAAUAAGUAUACAAUUAUUUUCACUGAUUAGUGCUCAAAUUGUGAUUUGCUUAAAUGAUUAUGCUGUGAUUAGAUUAGACACUUGAUGCAAUAUCCUUUGUU